AUGCCUCUAAUCGACAUAAAUAAUCCGGAAAUAAUAAAGUUCCUCAUUGAAAAUUAUCAAAAAAAUGCGAAAUUGCGGAUGAGAUGGAAUACGAUUAAUGCGGAUAAAUUGCAAAAAGCGGCCACUCUACAGCGCGAGGAGAAAGGUUAUCAGUAUACAGAUGUCCUCAAAGCAAGCAUAACCUCAGGACUGAGCGCACUAUCUAAGGACUACAAGUCUGAUGCGAGGAACAGACGACUCAAAGCUAUUAAUGAUGGUACUCAUAUACCAGCCGUAGCUGAUAUGAGAAAAGGUCAUUCUAUUGUUGAACUUGGACUUGGCAAUACCAAAGACGACCCUAGACUGGGUCGACCGGACACAGACCUAUCUAUCGAUCCUAUAAUGCGACCAAUUGACCCAAAGGAGAAGAAGAUUCUCCACAAAGGCCGUCCAGAUUUUGGUCGUGUAGAGUAUUUAAAAAAGCGGGUUCGUACAAUUCCUGAGGACAGAUAUUAUUUUGCUGAAACCAGUAAUUGGAUUUAUGGCUGGAGACUAAAGGAUAGUUACUUAGGCAAGAAGGCACAUGGUCCUGAACACGGUCGUGUGUGGCAUUUGGCUCGCGAGAAGAGCCGCACUGGGCCAUCUCCCGAUCCGAUACACUACAAUAGUGCACAACGAUUAUCAAAUUGCACAGUAUGA